AGCUUUUCCAUUCGCUAUAGUUUUUCGUCUGUAAUCCUCUCUCUUUAAACCCCACCGCCGCUCCCAAAACCCUCCGUUAUCCAUGGCGGCCACUGAGGUCUCCGACGUCAGCGACGGACCAGUCCUCAGCGUCAUCAACAAGCGCAUCCGUGCUCUGAAGAAGAAGCUCAACCGCAUCUCUCAGAUGGAGGAUUCUCUCGCGAAAGGCAAAACCCUAAACAAAGAGCAGGAGGAAACCCUCCGCACUAAGCCCGCCGUCCUCGCUGGAAUCGACGAGCUCGAGAAGCUCCGUCAGCCGCUCUCCGCCGCUGUGGAAGAGGAAAUCAGCCUCUCCGUUCAACGCCACCAAGUCUCCGCGCCGGACGCCCCCGUCGCCGCCGCCCCCAGCGAGGAAUCGGGGAAAGAGCCCGAAGGAGAGGUAGAGAAUAAGGGCGAAAGCGAUGCGGGAGUGGUGAUUGAGGAUCUACUGAAUCUGCUCUACUUUGGGAGCAUGUUCGAUGUGAAGACCUUGCAGAACCACUUCACUGAAGUGAUGCUUUCCAGGGAGCACGAGAGAGGCAGUUGCUUGUCCUACGACUACAUGAAAGACGAUGACUCCAUUGAUCUGCUUGGCGAGGGGGACUUGGAUUUGCUUUCGCUGCUCAGCGGGUUGCUAAUUUCCCGACCCGCCAACUCAUCCUUGCCACAUAAGAACGCCCUUCAGAAAUGUAUUGAACAUGCCAAACUCUGGCUUGAGAACUCCACACAGCCAAUUGAACCUGAUUCCAAUGUUACUUAUGCUGAGUUGAGACUGAAGCUCAACAAGAUUAUGGCUUCACAAUAUUUGACAGCUGCCCCAGUUGGACUGCAGGCAGCUACCAUGAAUUAUGGAGCGUAUCAGGCUCCAGUGCAUGAGUCUGUUCCUCCUGUAGAUGUGCCUGUACAAGUACAAGUGCAUGUUGAAGACAUUGGAGUGCAGUACCAACAAAAGGAAGAAGAAUCCAUAAGUUCUCAUGGUAAUGAGACUCACAAUUAUCAAUCAAGUCAUGUGGAUCAGCUUCACCAGGGAGAGGUAGGGGAGGAAGAUCUGUCUGCAUUGCCAACUGAAACCGAAGCAGUUCAAGCUGAGUUGGAGGGAGUGCAAGGGGAUCACCUCAAGGAUGUGAAAGAGCAACAAAACAUUCCUCGAAGAUCAUACCAGAAUUAUAGGGGUGGCCGCGGUGGGGGUGGCCGGAGGGGAUAUUCCAAUGGUCGUGGAGGUGGAGGAAGGAGCAGGGGAGCGGGAGGGGCCUACCAGAAUGGGCGCAGCCAUUACUCUGACCAACCCAGUAAUUACAUCCCGAGGAACUCUCACUUCCGGGGAAGGGGCGGUAGGGGCGGUCAUUACAGCAACCAUCCUCCCGGAGCUCAAGUCGGCAACUAUGACGAGGAAUAUUAUUAACCGGUGGGUGCCAUGGUUAUAAAACAUAUGUUGAGAGUAGUGUCUGUCCUCCAUAGCAAGGCCUGCAUACCAAAGGUUUAUGCUCUCGCAUUUGCUGCUCUGCACCCCCAGAAAACUCUUUUCCUGUUUACUGUUAGUAAACUGAACUGAUCAUCAGUCUUUCUUUCAUAUAUGUGAUGGUGAGGAAGGAAAAUAUUUAGUUGUAGUUUCGUAGACUUGCACUUCUAAUUUAAGAUCCUUUGUUUUUUUCAGAAA